CCACACUACGUCUUUCUCCAACAAUCACGUCUAGACCGAUAUACUAUCGCCCAGCUUACCCAGACCUAACCACCGACCUCAGACGCAGACUCGGCCUCAAACAGAUAAAGUCUACAAAUAAAAUGACAGACACACAAGAACAACCAUCCUCAUUGUCGGACCCAUCUACGCUGGGAUCAACUUCAAAAUCAAAAUCUACAACCAGACCAGCUUCUGAGGUAGAGGACUUGUCUACUCGACCUGGCGCGGAGAAAAAACCACGACUUGGAUCUCCACUAAAAUCUGUGGCAUCUGCACCUAUCCCAGCUCCAGCAGCCGAUCUUGAAAGAUUAGAGAAUGGCAAUCCAGAACUCGUCGUAGCUGCCAACGAGCUCGCCACCAUCAAACCCGCACGAACUCAAAAGCAAUCCAACAAAGCCGCCAAAAAAUCCCGCAAACAAAAAGGCAAAGAACCCGAGCCAGGAACGUCGGAGGAUGUCGUGCUGAGGGAGGUCAGGGCGUUGUUGGGCAAGGAAGCGGUGGAGAAGGCACAGGAAGAGGGAUGGGAGUUCAAGAGUCCGUUUGAGUUCCGGGAGGAGGUAGAGGUCGUGGUUAGUGCGAUGAGUUCGACUGGCGAAGCCCUCGCCCUCGUCCACCCCUCUUCAUCAUCUCCCUCGAAGCCCCAGGCCAAUCCUCACCCUUGGGUCCUCAUAGUUCCCUUCUGCCUUCCUGGAGAAACCAUUCGUGCCCGGGUGUACCGUUCGGCUCGGCUACACUCCUUUGCAGACUUGAUUAGCGUUGUGAAGCCGAAUGAUGAAUUGAGAGAUAUGGAGAGAGUGCGGUGUCGGUAUUUUGGCAGCUGUGCAGGGUGUCAAUAUCAGAUGUUAUCGUACGAGAAGCAGCUGGAGCUAAAGCAAGACGUCGUCGUCAAAGCCUACCAGCACUACUCCGACCUUCCCCCAACCUCAAUCCCCACGAUUGAAUCCACGAUCGGGUCACCCCUUCAAUAUGGCUACCGCACGAAGAUAACGCCGCACUUCGACGCGCCGCCGAAGAAACUUCAGAAGAAUGUGGAAGGUAGACCAGAAGGGAGGCCGGAUUGGUUGAAUAUCGGGUUUAAUAAGAUUGGGAAGAGGACGGUGCUGGAUAUCGAGGAAUGUCCGAUUGCGACACCGGUUAUUAACGAGGAGUAUACGAAGAUGCGGAAGACGAUUGAGCAAAAAAUAUACACCUACAAGAAAGGCGUUUCCCUCCUCCUUCGUGACUCUCUCGAGAUUCCACCUCCUAAAGAGCCAGAAGUCCAACAACCUACAGAAUCAGAGCCAACUCCCCAAGAACCCACAGAAACCUCCACAAUAUCUUCUCUCACCUCCGCCCUAGAAAAACAUGUCUGCAUCACUGACCACAAAGCGACAGUCCGCGAACGCGUCGGCGAUACAGUGUUCGACUACACCGCAGGCUCGUUCUUCCAGAACAAUAACUCUGUCCUAGUCCCUCUCACUUCCUACGUUCGGGACGCCAUUUUCCCACCCUCCUCCUCCGAUCCGGAUCUCCUUGCCGCCGCGAACAGCAAAAAACCGACGAACUUAGUAGACGCCUACUGCGGCGCCGGCCUCUUCGCGCUCACCCUCGCCCCCUACUUCACUCACGUUUCCGGCAUCGAACUCUCGACCGCCUCCAUCGCCUCCGCCACCUCCAACGCCGCUAUGAACUCGCUCUCGCAUGUUGCCACGUUCCUCUCUGGAGACGCAGCAGAUAUAUUUGCGAAGGUCCAAGGGUUUGAGAGGGACGAGACGGUGGUGAUCAUAGAUCCACCACGGAAAGGGUGCGAUGAGAGGUUUUUGAAGCAGUUGAUCGGCUUUGGGGCGAGCAAGGUGGUUUAUGUGAGUUGCAAUGUGCAUACGCAGGCGAGGGAUGUGGGGUGGGUUGUGAGAACGACGGCGGAAGAACAGGAGAGAGGGGAGAGGAAGGGGCGGUAUGUGUUGGAGAGUUUGAGAGGGUUCGAUUUGUUUCCCCAGACGGCGCAUGUGGAGAGUGUGGCGGUUUUGAAGCUGGAGGAGUGAUUCGCGUCAUUUACAAUAAUUUAUUGUGUCAGUAUAUGCG